UUUGGAUUGUGACGAGAUGGCGAGCUUUGUCGACAUCGUGGGCCAGCCCCCCAUCGCAGCGCUCGUCUUGAGCUACCAGCGUGGCAUCUACGGGGACGUGUAUCCUCGCGUUGCAGCGUUUCGACGUGCGGUCGAGUAUCGAUGUGGGCACCAGUCCCCCAAGUGUGGCAUGUACGUUCUCCACGCCGGCUUUGCCACGUCCCUCGCCGCCGACGACAGCGUCGAUAUGGACGACGAGCAUUUGCCAGUGCUCUACGCAAGCACGCUUGGGCUGUCCCUCGCCGGCGCAAGCGACGUGCGGUUCCCGCUGCACGUGGCGAUUGCCGAAGGCGACGCGUAUGUCGUCGACCGGCUACUGGCGUGCUGCCCGCAUCUGGCGUCCGCCGAGGCCAUCGAGACGGCCUUUCUGCACAACCACAUAUCGAUUGCCAAGGACCUCCUCGCCCUCCGCGACGCGUCCCUCCCCGCGCUGUCUGUGCGGCGAUCGCCGCUGGACGCCGAGCACUGGACCCAACGGAUUGGCAGUCAGCUACCGCAUACUGUGCUCUACCGCGAUAGCGCCGAGGCCUUUGCUUGCUUUUUGCAGUAUCGGUACGCCAGCUUGUCCGCGGCGAGACCCGGUGAUUGGUUUCACAUGGCCGUCAACAGCGGCUGCACGAACGCUGCCCGGUACUUGCUGACGCUGGUGGAGGACGCCAGCGUCGACGACGUCGUGGCGCUCGGCGCGCUCGACAUUGUCCAGCAGCUCGUUGAGAGCGGCAAGCCGUACACGUCGGCUGCCUUGGAUCGCUCCGCAGCCCAUGGCCAUCUACAUGUGCUUCAAUAUCUGCAUAACCUUGAUGUGGUCGCUUGCACGACCGCUGCGAUGGACGACGCCGCGACCAACGGACACCUCGACGUCGUCGUGUUUUUGCAUACCCAUCGGCCCGAGGGAUGCUCGACGGACGCCAUGGACCAAGCCGCAGCGAAUGGCCACGUGGAGGUCGUCCGCUACUUGCACGAGCAUCGAAGCGAAGGCUGCACAAGGCGCGCGCUCGACGCUGCCAUCGACAAUGGACACCUCGACGUGGUGGCGUUCCUGUGUACGCAUCGGACCGAAGGCUGCAGCGCCAAUGCCCUCGACGUCGCGAUCCAGCGAGGCCAUUUGGACGUCGUCGUCUUCUUGCACGGGACUGGCACCUUUGGCGCAAUUGGGCCGGCAGCGAUCGAGCAGACGGUCGCCGCUGGGCACACAGCCGUCUUCGACUACCUCGUAUGCCGCAGUGCCGUACCGCCGCAGUCUUUCGCGUCGGCCGUCCAACGCGCUCUCGAGCAAGGCCACAUCGGCAUUGCGCAGCGGCUCGUGUCGCAGCCCACGAUCCAGCUUGAGCUUGUCGACAUCGAUCUCGAAGCUGCGCUAAUGGGGCCGACGUGCAUGGAAGUCGCCGUCUUCUUGCGCCAGCACGCGGUCGUCUUGACGCCCGACGACCUCGCGUACGCGUGCGGCUCGCGCCGUCUCGACCUUGUGCGCUAUCUGCACGCAACCGAUCCAACGACGGUCUUUCCGCCGCAGGGUCUGGAGCGGGCCGCGUCGACUGGGUCGCUGGCGAUCGUGCGCUACCUCGUCGAGGUCUGUGGCGUGCGGUGCUCGUCCGAAGCCUUUCGUCUCGCUGUCCUCGGCUCGCAUUGCAAAACGAUCGAGUACCUGCUCUCGAUCGACCCGUCGCUUCGAGCCGACACCAGUUGGCUCCUCUUUGCCGGCUGCAACCACCUGUACACCGUCAUGGACCUCUUCGUCGUCUACGGCAUGGGUGAUCCAUGCGACGCGCUUGUCCACGUCAGCAACUGGGCGUGGCACGUCGAGGCCUUUCGUCGGCUCCUCGCGCAUUGCCUCUCGCCAACCAAUCCGAUAGACAACAUCCGCAUGCUCGUCGAAGCGUACAAGGUGCUCUACACGCGCAACACGUCGGCGGUGCUCGCCCUCAUCGCCGAGACGAUUUACGACCAGAUCGCGAGGCUGCGUCCCAAGCCCGAGACAGCAAAGUGCUUCGUUGGCGCCGUCCGAGAGCUCCUCUCUCGUCUUCGCGACGACGACGUCGUCAACUAUGCGAUCGCGAUGCUCUGUGUGUGGGCGACGGAACAUGCUACGGCCAACGCCGCCCGCCUCGCCAUGUGGGUCAACAGCGUGCACGAGCCACAAGUUCGCGCCUGCCUCGUGGCCCUCUACGAAGAGGUUCUCCCGCAUGCGAACGUUCAGUGGGAACCGCUGCUUCCAGAGACAUGGAAGAGCAUUGAUGAUUCACUGUGGAUGAUGUAAUAACGUUGUAAGAUUGCAAUAAGAUCGAAAUUGAGUCGAGCCGGUUUCCUG